UAAUUCACAAACACAAAAUGGAUCAACAAGUCUUAGUAUACACAUCUCUAUCCUUUAUCAUCAUUCUCUUAGCUUACAAGCUCUUCUUCCAAACCAAAAAACGACACUACAAAAACCUACCACCAUCACCACCCUCUUACCCCAUAAUCGGCCACAUCCACCUCCUUAAACUUCCAUUCCACCGAGCUUUGCACAGUCUCUCCUCCAAAUACGGCGACGUUUUCUCACUCCGAUUAGGGUCCCGCCACGUGGUCGUCGUCUCAUCCCCUUCCGCCGUAGAGGAAUGCUUCACCACAAACGACAUCGUUUUGGCCAACCGCCCACGUUUCCUCAUGGGCAAGUACACAGGCUACAACUACACCGUCAUGGCCGAAGCUCCUUACGGCCCCCACUGGCGCAACCUCCGGCGAAUCGGCGCAGAUGAGAUCUUCUCUCCCAGACGGCUCAACCUCUUCGUCGGGAUCCGAAGAGACGAGGUCAACCGACUACUCUGCAAACUCUCUCGCCGUAAUGAUUCGGAGAAGGUAGAGCUAAGAUCGAUGAUAGAGGAGUUGACCUUCAACAUCCUAAUGAGAAUGGUAGCCGGAAAACGGUAUGAGACGGCGAAUGAAGGUGAAGCGCGACAGUUUAGGGAUGCUGUUAAAGCUACUUUCGAGCUCGUCGAAUCAGGGAAUCCAGGGGACCUUUUUCCGAUCCUGAAUUGGAUUCCGACUGGUUUUGAGAAGAAAGUGAAGAGAGUUGCGAAGAGGUUGGACCUGGCUUUACAGGGUUUGAUUGAUGAGCAUCGGAGUCACGAAGAUAAGAAUCGGAACACCAUUAUCGAACAUUUACUCUCUUUGCAGCAGUCUCAGCCUGAAUAUUACACUGACGAAAUUAUCAAAGGCUUCGUAUUGGUAAUAUUUUCAGGUGGAACUGAUACAUCUGGAGCAACAAUAGAGUGGGCAAUGUCCAACCUAUUAAAUCAUCCUCAUGUUUUAAAAAAGCUUAAAACUGAGUUGGACUCUAAAAUCGGUCAACACCAAUUGGUAGACGAAUCAGAUCUUUCCAAACUUCCUUACCUCCAAUGUGUCAUUUCCGAGACUUUACGAUUGUACCCAGUAGCUCCAUUUCUUAUACCUCACUACUCCUCCAAAGACUGCACCAUUAAUGGAUACGAUGUGCCAUGUGAUACUAUAUUAUUAGUAAAUGCAUGGGCCAUACAUAGAAAUCCUAAAUUUUGGGAAGAUGCCGAGAGUUUCGUGCCCGAAAGGUUUGAGAACAACAAUGGUGACGGCGAAGGAUUCAAGCUAAUGCCAUUUGGGCUUGGAAGACGGGCAUGCCCUGGAAAAGGCCUAGCCCAACGAAUGAUGGGCUUGACGUUGGGGUCCUUGAUUCAGUGCUUUGACUGGGAGAGAAUUGGCAAUGAUAAAAUUGAUAUGAUUGAAGGUAAAGGAAUCACUAUGUCUAAGGCCGUGCAAUUAGAAGCCAUGUGUAAAUCUCGCCCUAUCAUGAAAAAUAUUCUCACAUUCUGUUAAUGGUAUUUAAAUUUGUUUAGGCCUUUGAAUAUGUUGUGGGUUUUUUCUUUUAGAUUAGUAGGUGGUAUGGUCAUUAUGAUGUUUGUAUCAAUAAUAAAAUAUACGUAUAUAGUUGUGUGUCAA